AUGUUGCAGGUACACCCGACGCUGCUGGCGGCGAUGUUCGUGAACAGCACAUGCAGGGGCUGUAUAACCAAGCCGAGCCUGCCUUUCCCCUUCCACAAUAAGCCAUUCAGGCGUAAAUUGCCGAAAGGCAUCUUUGUCGCACCAUAUAUUGAUUUCAGCGUCCUACUGCAAGCUGUUGUAGUCUCACCAGGUGCUCUGAGCUUGUGGUUGACAAACGACAAUUAA